AGCCAUGGCGUCUCCGUCGCUGCCCCCCCAUGUGGCGAGCUUCCUGGAGAGCCUCAAGCUGCAGGCCCAGCGCCACCGCGUCCUGGCGCCCAUCUUGGCCCUGGCGCUGGCUCGCUUCGUGUACCACCGGCGUCGCGGCCACCUGCACCAGCUGCGUCUGCACCGCGCACUCAGUCGCCAAUUGACCACCGAGUUCGACCCGCGCAAGCACGACGAGGCCGCGUCCCCCAGCCCCAUCGCCGCUCCAGCCGAGGAGUGGCACGUCGUGGAUGAGGACGGAUCACAGGCCCAGUCGCUGGUGUACUACCCCAUGGAGAAGACGCAGGAGGAGGAAGGCGACAACGUUCUGGUGCUCGUGAUCCCCGGCAACCCCGGAGUCCCGUUCUACUACCUGCCGCUGAUGCAGGAGAUCGUCAGGAAGCACGGCAGACGCCACGAAGUGCGCUGCCUGUCGCACGCCAGCCACUUCAUGCCGUGGAAGAACGACGGGCGAGCCUACUCGCUCAAGGAGCAGCUGGAGCACAAGGCGUUCUACCUCAGUCAGAGACUACGGGACGACCCGACGCUGCGUCUUGUGGUCAUUGGGCACUCGAUCGGCAGCUACUUCGCCCUGGACGUGGCCAGGAGGUUCCCGCAGCACAUUGCCAAGCUGGUGCUCAUGCAGCCCACCAUCAUGCACAUGGCGCUGUCCCCCAAGGGCAAGCAGAUGAUGCCGCUGUUCAACCACUACGAGCGUGGAGUGACACUUGUUGGAGCGGUGGAGUACUUGGUGCCGACGGGACUGCGUCGAUGGAUCGUGCGUCGUGUAGUGGGGUCCAAGACCUCCGAGACGCUGCAGCUCGCGUCGCUGUCGCUCGUGAACUCGACCGUCAUGCGCAAUGUGCUGGGGAUGGCGGCGGACGAGAUGAAGGACGUCACAGAGCUGGACGGAGAACUAAUCAAGAAGUUCGAGGACAAGACCCUGUUUGUGUACUCAACGGUGGACGAGUGGGUGCCCGCCGAGUUCAUGCAGGAGUAUCAGGUGCGCUUCCCGAAUUCGCAGCACCGUGUUGUGCCCCAAGCGCACGCCUUUAUGAUGGAGACGAACGGCACGCGCGACAUGGCGGCACACAUCUCGCAGUGGGUUGGUGAUGUGCUCGAUGCCAAGCAGUUGACCGCCGGCUCCGACUCUGACGAAGAAGAUGGCGAUGAGGAAGAGACGAUCUUCCAGACAGCUCGUAUCCCCCAUCAGCGAGUGGAAUCUCGUAACGGAUAUGACACAAAGGCGCUGUCACUAGCGUAUUACCCCGAGCAAGAGGAGAAGGACCAGACUACUGAGGUGUUGGUGCUGGUGAAUUCAGGAAACCCAGGAAAUCCGUACUUCUAUCUGCCGAUGAUGCAGCAGUUUGUCAAACAGCACGGACGCCAUCAUGAAGUCCGAUGUCUCUCGCACGCAGACCACGUGAUGCCCUGGAAAAACCAUAACAGGGAUUUCUCCCUGCUGGACCAGCUGGACCAGAAAGAUUUCUACGUCAAGCAGCGACUACAAGAAACCCCGAACCUGCGCCUGGUGGUCAUUGGACACUCGAUCUGUAGCUAUAUGCUGCUGGAUAUUGAGCGACGAUUUCCUAAACAUCUUGACAAACUCGUGCUCUUGCAGCCGAUGAUCAUGCACAGGUCGCUGUCCCCCAAGGGCAGACAAUUGACGCCUCUGUUCAACAACUACGAGAUGGUCGUGAUGUUUGUGGGAUUUCUGGAACAAGAUGCCGUCGAGCUGGACAGCGAGUUGGUGUCGAAGCACGCAAACAAAAUGCUGUUCGUGUACGCGACAAUGGACGAGUGGGUGCCUAGCGAGUUCAUGCAGGAGUACCAGCUGCGCUUCCCAGCGCUCAGCACCCGCUGGAAGUCCCAAGGACACGGCAACGUCGUGGACUCGGCUUUCUUGUGGAACUGCCAGAUCAUGAAGGACGAAAUGGCGUUGUCGAUACCGUCGAGGAAAAAGUAGCCGGGGAAUCCGUUCGGAUGCUUGAUGUCUCAGUCUUUCACGGUGCCCGUGCAGUCCUUCCCCGUGUAGAAGGCGAUGCGAGUGCCGCCGUCGAAGGCGCCCCACUUGACAAUGUCGCUCCACUUGGCGGACGUAGCGCGGUCGUUGAAGCAGCUCAGGUUGACGCACUCUUGUGACUGAUCGAUCUGGUAAGUGUACUUGCCGCCGCUGUCGUCGUCACGGUUCCGGACCAAGCCGAAGCAGGGUGGUUUGCGACCAGCACGACGAGGCUGAG